GACACAAGUCACAACCCUCAACGCAACCAAGACCAAUUUUUACAUGAAUGAGAACUCGUAGUAUAAAUUCGAUGGGUGGCAUUAGCCCCAAUUUCUUCAUCUCUGCAUAUGAAUAAUCGUAUCGAUUUCAAUCUUUGCAGUAUCGAACAUCUCUGCACACUUCAUUCCCAAAACCCACUCGUUUCUCUGUUGUUUCUGCACUGUUUUGAGGAGGUUGAAGGGGAAAAGUGUUAUCAAUGUAAUGGGAUGCUGCCCUUUCCUUCUCAAUUAGUUUUAGUCUUGUUGUUUCUGGUGACAUAAAUGCUUAGGAACAUGGAUGCACAAGCCAAGAAAAAAGCAUUGUUUCGUGCUAAAUUGAAUGCCCAGAAGAAGGAAAAGCGCAUAGAAUCUCCCCUUGUAAGGUAUAAUGAAUUUGAUCAACCUGUUUGCCGGGUUUGUGAUGUUGUUCUAAAGUCUGAGUCUUUAUGGGAUGCACACCAAGUUUCUCGUAAGCAUCGUGAGGCAAUAAGUAGUCUGAAAGCGAAUGCAGCUGGAUUAACUCAGCAUAACAAUGCAAAGCCUGUUGCUGAUGCCAGCUUUUCCAAGGCUAAACCAGAACAUUCUUUGGACUCACAAUUCAAACCGCCAGAAGCUUCACAACUAGUUUCUAAACCUCAAUCAUCAUCGGUGCUUCCACCAGGAUUUUUUGAUGACAGCGGUUCAGGAAAAACAAAAUCUGAACAUUUAGUGGACUCUGAUUUAGGUAGAAAAGCUGGGGUUUCUGCUAAAAGUCAGGUGUCAAACUUGGAGAAGGAUAAAGGUCAAUUUGAUGACAAUAAUGUUGCAAAGUCAAAUGUUAGCCAAGCCACAACGGAUAGUAGGCAGACAUCAGUCAAGACUACUGAUACAGAGAUCCAGCAAGUAAAAGGGAUUCUGCCUGAAGGAUUUUUUGACAAUAAGGAAGCCGAUUUGCGUGCUCGUGGCAUAAAGCUUGUUAAGCCAGAUGUCAAAGACGAGUACAAGGAAUUUGAGAAGUUGAUUCAAGAAGACUUGCAGGAGGUGGAUGACCGGUUGGAAGAAGAAGAGAUUGAUGCGGCCGAAAUGAUAGAAGAGGAGGAAGUUGUAGAGCAAAAGAUGCUUAGCGAGAAAGUGGAAAUGUUGAAGAAGAGGAGAUUGGAGCUAAAAGCUGCUAAUGCUGCAAAGCGUAGUAAAUCAUCUGAGAUUGUAGCCAAGGAGUCUAGACAAGAAGAGUCAUCCAGUGAUGAUGAAAGUGAAGAGAAUUUUGCCGUGGACUGGAGAGCACAACACUUGUGACCGUAAAUACUUUGCUAGUUUUUUACUUCUAUUUCUUUAAUUCCAUGAGUGGAAUAUAAUAUCUACACAAAUAUAUAAGAUGUUGUAUGUACAAUUUUAUUCUUCAUCCUCUUGUCUGUGUUUAUCCUUAUUUCUUUUCUCUUUAUCCGAAUUUGCUUAGAGCUUUGGACA